AUCGCGGCGCGGCUUGUUGCGAAGUGGGCGAAGCGGCGAGUGCCGGAGCGGGGGUCGGGUGGCUUUUCUUUCAGAUUCCUCGCUCGCUUUUUCUUCCCCUUCUUCAGAGCUCGGCUCGCCGGGAAUCGUUUUCCCCGCCUCAGCCCGGAGCGGAGACGGUUCUUCCUCUUACGGGAGAGACAUGAGAUGCUGGGACCCUGAUACAUCCAGAGAAGCCGACCUUCGUCUCCUUGCCCUGUUUUAUGCUUGGAAGAGGUGUUGGAUUAGCUGAAUGCAAUGGAUCCUCCGCCUGAUUUUGCAAGGGGCGACCGAGGCCGUGGACGCGGCGGACGCUUUGGGUCUCGGGGAGGCCCUGGCAGCGGGUUCCGACCUUUUGUCCCUCACAUCCCCUUCGACUUCUACGUGUGCGAGAUGGCUUUCCCCCGGGUGAAGCCGGCUCCUGAUGAAACCGCCUUUAGUGAAGCUUUGUUGAAGAGAAACCAGGAUCUGGCGCCAUCGUCCGCUGAACAGGCCUCCAUUCUUUCACUGGUCACCAAGAUCAACAAUGUGAUCGACAACUUGAUUGUGGCCCCGGGAACAUUCGAAGUGCAAAUCGAAGAAGUCCGCCAGGUGGGCUCGUACAAAAAAGGCACCAUGAUGACUGGCCACAACGUGGCGGAUCUGGUUGUGAUCCUCAAAAUCUUGCCCACGUUGGAAGCCGUUGCUGCUUUGGGAAACAAGGUUGUGGAGAGCCUCCGGACCCAGGAUCCCGCAGAAGUGCUGACCAUGCUGACUAACGAGACGGGCUUCGAAAUCAGCUCGGCUGACGCCACAGUGAAAAUUCUCAUCACCACCGUGCCGCCCAACCUUCGCAAACUGGAUCCUGAGCUUCACCUGGAUAUCAAAGUGCUGCAGAGCGCCUUGGCCGCCAUCAGGCACGCCCGCUGGUUUGAAGAAAACGCCUCGCAGUCCACGGUGAAAGUUUUGAUCCGGCUCUUAAAGGACCUCAGGAUGCGUUUUCCAGGCUUCGAACCUCUGACGCCGUGGAUCCUUGAUUUGCUCGGACAUUACGCAGUUAUGAACAACCCGACUCGACAGCCACUGGCCCUCAACGUAGCUUACAGGCGCUGUCUUCAGAUCCUGGCUGCGGGGCUGUUCCUUCCCGGCUCGGUCGGCAUCACCGAUCCAUGCGAGAGCGGAAAUUUCAGAGUCCACACUGUUAUGACCCUGGAGCAGCAGGACAUGGUCUGCUACACAGCUCAAACCCUCGUCCGCAUUCUCUCUCACGGAGGCUACCGGAAGAUCCUCGGGCAGGAAGGAGACGCCAACUACCUCGCUACGGAAAUGUCUACCUGGGAAGGCGUGAUCGUGACCCCGUCGGAGAAGGCUUACGAGAAGCCGCCGGAAAAGAAGGAAGGGGAAGAGGAGGAAGAGAACCAGGAAGAGCCAGCCGCUGGGGAAGAGGAGGAAAACAUGGAAACUCAAGAGUGAUUUGGGGCCCUCAGGGGAUUUCUGCCGUGUCUUGAAACGUGAUUGGAUGAGCCAGUGACGGGAUCGGGUCGGCCCUCGUUUCUGUUCACUUCUUCAAUGUCUUCGUUUUUAUAACUCUUUACCAUUAAAAUGGGAUGUUCCUUAUAAAAGGUGGGCUUUCGUAGAAAA